AUGACUUCUUCUUCCUACAGCCAUGGUCUCAGUUCUGGUCAGAUCCGAUCCCUUUCAGCCAUCUGUGAAGCCUUUAUCCCUCCAUUGACACCUCCUGACCAGAGCCAGGAAAUCCCAGUUGACAGGCAGCAAGCACUUGUUUCAUUCUAUGGAGCUUCUGGGUCUCACCCACCUAUCCCUGAUGAGGUGGCAGACCUGAUUGUCAGAAGAGGGAUGCCAGAGGCUGUGUUGGUACUGAAACUGGUACUCAAGUUGCUGUCUUCCAGGUUGGGAACACUGCUGCUCUGCGGGUUUUGCUGCUUGGACCGGAAGUGGCCAUUUGUGCACAACUUCUCUGAAAUUCCCCUGCAACAGAGAGAGCAACUUCUCCAGAAAUGGAGUGGAGAAACGCGGCGGCUGCUUACACCUCUCAGAGUAGUGUUUGCAACCAUCAAAAUCUUCUCCUUGUUUGUCUUCUUCUCCAGGAUUGACGAUGAAACUCAGAAGAACCCAGCUUGGGAAGCCAUUGGGUAUCAAGUGGACACCAGGAAAACAACCCAUAUCAAACAGAAAGGAGGGGAGAGACGACCUCUGGAGAAAGGGAUUGUGGAAACGAUCCACGAAACCGACGACACCACUUUCGUCCAGUCUCUAAUCCAAAAGGGUCUCGAGGUGAGUGAAGACGAACAGCACAACACCAUCAGGAUCAAAUGCGACGCCGUAAUCGUCGGCUCGGGUUGCGGCGGCGGAGUCGCCGCUGCCGUUCUCGCUAGCUCGGGAAUGAAAGUCGUCGUCCUGGAGAAAGGGAACUACUUCGCCGCAGAGGAUUACUCCUCGCUCGAAGCACCCUCGCUGGCGGAGCUGUACGAGUGCGGAGGAAAAUUGGCCACCACCGAUGGCCAGACCAUGAUCUUCGCUGGAUCCACCGUCGGCGGCGGAUCCGCCGUCAACUGGUCCGCCUGCAUCAAGACGCCCGAUUGCGUCCUCAGAGAGUGGUCCGCCGACGACAAGCUUCCCCUCUUCGGAAGCUCGAUUUACCAGAACGCCGUGGACGCCGUGUGGAAGAGGCUGGGGGUUACAGACGGGUGCAAAAGGGAAGGGUUCCAGAACAAAAUCCUCAGAAAGGGAUGCGAGAAUCUCGGCCUGAAAGUCGAAUCGGUGUCGCGAAACUCGUCGGAGGAUCACUACUGUGGAUCCUGCUGCUACGGCUGCCGAAUCGGAGACAAGAAAGGCACGGACACCACCUGGCUCGUCGACGCCGUGGAGAACAACGGCGCUGUGAUAAUCUCAGGAUGCAAAGCCGAGCAAUUCGUCUUCUCCAACGACGGCGGCGGAGGGAAGAAUAAGAAGAGAUGCUCGGGAGUGACGGCGAGAUGUUUGAAUUCGAAAUUGGGGAAGAAGAAGCUGGAGAUCGAAGCUCGAGUGACGGUUUCGGCAGCUGGAUCGCUCCUCACGCCGCCUCUGAUGAUCGCGAGCGGAUUGAAGAACCCUAACAUUGGGGAAAACCUCCACCUCCACCCUGUCGUGAUGGCUUGGGGAUACUUUCCGCCGCCAUCAUCAAAUUCAAAUCUGGAUCUGGAUCUGGAAGACGAGAAAUCGUACGAAGGAGGAAUCAUCACCUCAAUCCACAGAGUGGCGGACUCCUCUCCCUCCGGUGAAAUCGUCGCCAUCAUCGAAUGCCCGGCGGCGGGGCCGGCGUCGUACGCGGCGUCGUCUCCGUGGACAUCAGGGCGGGACGCGAAGGACAAAAUGGCGAAGUACUCGAGAACGGCGCUGCUGUUCGCGCUGGUGAGGGACCGGGGGUCAGGGGAAGUGAAGCGGGAAGGAAGGAUCUCCCACCGGCUGGACAGAGCGGACAAGGAGAAUCUGAGGACCGGGCUGAGGCGAGCGCUGAGGAUUCUGGCCGCCGCCGGGGCGGCGGAAGUGGGGACGUUCCGCAGCGACGGGCAGAAGAUCUCGUGCGGGGAAGGCGAGGAGGAAAUUAUGGAGGCGUUUCUGGAUGGAGUUGAAGUGGGCGGCGGGUUGCAGUCAGGUGAUGGUAACUGGACGACCUUCUUCUCUGCUCACCAGAUGGGGAGCUGCAGGAUGGGCGCCACGGCGGAGGACGGCGGCGUCGACGAGAGCGGUGAGAGCUGGGAGGCCAAAGGUCUGUUUGUGUGCGAUGCAAGUGUGCUCCCCAGUGCCAUUGGUGUUAAUCCCAUGAUCACCAUUCAGUCCACUGCCUACUGCAUUGCCAGCAAGAUAGCUGAAUCCUACUCGAUUCCUUCAGGAGACGACGAGACUUGAUUGUUCCCCAAGUACCAUCUAUCUUGAAUACAUAAACAUUUGUUUCAAAAACUGAUACAGAAUGAUCACAGAAACAUAUUGGUUCCAGUGACUCUGUUAAGCACGAGAGAGCUCAAUCCCAGGCAGAAAUAACAGAACGGGAACUCCUCUCAACCGCUCAAAAGCAGAAAUAGGUGUUGUUCACCUGUUUGGCAGCAUUGACAAUUCCGCUAGCUAUAACAUCAAAUUUCAUGAUCCCUCCAAAAAUAUGUUCACCAAGAUUGCCUUUACUUUAUCAUCAGAAGUCAAUAUUUUGAAUCCCUCAUAAUUAAAGAUAGUUCUAGUUUGUACCCGACAUGUGUGACAACCAAUGUGGAGUGCAGACUGGGAAGUGGUGCUCAGGAU